AUUCCCUUUUUCCUGCUCUCUGCGCAGAAUAAGGAAGGAUGCUUUGGUCUUUUCACAAUUUAAUAAAGCAGGAGACGACAAACUUCUAGGUUAUUUGUGGGCUUUAAUGCAUGUACUUUGUUUUUUGGGCUUUGUUCAUCUCUUCAUUAACGAUUAAUUGAUGGUGGCAACUGGCAACACCAAUUCAAUUCAUGUCGAUAAGGCCCACAAAGCACCAUACAUUAUUAGGAGUGGAUAGUUAAUCUAAUUGUGAAAAUAUAGUUAUAUGGGGCGGACAGGGUACAAAACUCCUACCUGUAAAAUCAUGUACAAUUCUGGCCGUACAAUCGUGUUAUGAUACGGUGAUUCCAAAACUUAUUCUUAGUGCGUUGGAAUGAUGGAGAAGGGAUUUCCUGUUGCCAGAUUGGGGAUUAAUUCAUAGGUUUUGGAAAAAAUUUAGGAAUAAUGGGUAGUUAUGCGAUAAUUAUAAACUUAUGUUUUGAAUACAACAACAAAUGACUUGUAGUCUAAUUGAUAAUAUGUUUAUUAAUAACAACAAUGUCACGAAUUCAAAUCAUUUAAACUGUCUCUAUUUUUUUUUCCUAUACUCAAACUACUACCGGAAGAUCGAUAAUUGCCUUCCCAAAUUUUAAGGGUGUCCUAAAGCACCCACAAACAUGUCUGGCUCGCCCCUGCCACAGGUACCAGUGCAGGGUCAACCGUGACGGCUUCUCGUUCUAUAGCGACACCGCCGGCAAAUCCAGGAGGCUGAACGAGAUGUUCCCUUGGUACAAGUAUGGAGUGACGCCGCGGUUCGGCACGGUGUGGAACAGGCUGGAGCUGUCCAACGACAAGAAGGUGAUUGUGGACCUAGAGCAGGCGGCGGCGGCAAGCAAGGCGGAGGUGGAGGCCGUGAAGAAGAGAGAGGCAGAGCUGAGGAGAGAGAUUCAGAAGAAAGUGGAGGAGUUGAGUCGAGAGGUUCAGGAUAAAGACAAGGCUUUGAAGGGAAAGGAGGCUGAGUUGAGCAAGAAAGACAAGACGAUUCAAGCCCUCAAGAAUGCGCUGGCUGCAUUGAGUACUGAUUAGCUAUUGUUGUCUUGUCUACAUUUUUCUCGCUCCGAUGCGUGAGUGUUUAUGUCGUUGGUUUGUUGCGCGCUCGCAAGUGUGGGAUUGUGUCGUGCGUGUUUAUGUCGUUGGAUUGUUGGGUUUGCUUGUUUUUAUUUUUAUUAUGAAUGUGUGUUGCUGCAUGCACGCCUCCUGGCUAGCUCUUCCUUGUGUAUCCUUAGUGUGAUAUGUUAGGAAAUUCUAUUUUUUAUAUUGAUAUGGGCUACAUAUUUUAUAAUUAUAUGAGCUAUUUGGUUAUGUGAGCUAAUUGAAAGUGAUCCGAAUCAGGAGCCCAAAGAUGUCUUGCAUUGAUAUGGGCCUAAAUGGGUGGAAACCCAAUACUUGUUCACCUUGGGUUUGAUGGGAGCCCAUGUGAAACUUGUAUAUAAAGGUGCAAGAGGUUGUGGUCCCCAACACACCAAGACCAACAUACACACAUUCUCCCCAUCAAGAAUACGGGAGGGUUCCCGUUAGUGGACUAAGGAGGCUUGGUUGAGGAAGGUCACAAAACCUCCUGGAUCGUGCUCUAGGAGUAUCGUCCAGUUCAAUAUCGUCGCUCAUAUUCCGCAUCAAGUCUCUGACGAUCAACCGACAUGAUUCCAGGUAUUUCUACAAACCUUUGAUAAUCCGACGAGAUGAAUUCCGGAGAAUUACAUCUGUUAAAAGUAAUUCUAUUAAGUGGUAUCAGAGCCUUUCAUCUCUGUUAGAUUGUUGGGGUAUUUGGAUGCAUAUUUGAAGCUCUUUAGUUAUAUGUUUCCUUAUGAUUGAUGUGAAAUGCUAAUGUUCUAUAAAGGAUUGUUUAAGUAUUUGAGAAAUCUCUUAUAGUCCAUCACUGGAUUUGGAAGAAGAAAAAAGGGGGAAAUUUGGUUUCGUUGCCAUUCCUUCCAGAAUUGCAUUUGCAUGCUAUUGUUUCAAAUCAAAAUCCAUGCAAUGUGGCUAGGGCUGGAAGUUUGGUACCGGUAUUUGGGAUAUACCGAAUACUGUACCGAAUUUGUCUAUAUUUGGUACUACCGAAUAUUAUUUUUUGGGAUUGAGAUUGGGAUUGAAUUUCAAUUGUAAUUCGGUAUUAGGGAUUACGGGAUUGAGAUUGGUAUAUACCGAAAUACCGAUCAAUACCGAAAUAUAAGCUAGUGUAUAUUUUAUCCUCUCAACUAGACUCUCUCAUUCACUACUACACGACCCUCAACCACCAAGAGUGUCAUUUAAUUAUACGUAGAUCAUUCCAUCUUUGUUUUACAACUCAGAAGUCCCCAUCCAACUCAAUUAUGGCUUUCCAAUUUAAGUCACUCUCAUCUCUCACCUAAUCACUUAUUAUUUUCAUAACACCAAAAAGCAAACACUAGUAUUAGUCGUCUCUCAGUCUCCAAUUCGUCAAAUUAAAGAUUACCAAUGACA